GCAAAUUUAUAAGAAAUUAUUUUUUAUGGCCCCAACAAUCGAACCCUGAUCAAUUGUGUGGAGAGCAAAUCUACCAACCAACCGGACCAACACUCGGGGCUAAACAGAAAAAGCUUUACAGUGGGGCAAUUGCUCUCCUUCCUUGUAUUUGUUUCCAAUGGCUGCAAAGCAUUCUCAAAGAAACUGAUGGGUUUUUCCCAGCAAAGUCUUGAUUCUCAAGCACACAAGAAGCAAACAGAGAGACAGAGAUAGACAGAGAGGGAAGAUGCCAGCUGUUUGGUUUGCUCUGAAGAAAUCCCUCCAUUGCAGAUCAGAGCCAUCAGAAGUGCAUGAUCCAAAGGCCAACAAAGCUGGAAACCUAAGCAACAUACUCACCAAGAAAGGAGGGAGGUCAGGGUGCUCGAGGUCCAUUUCAAAUCUGAGAGAUGUGAUCCAUGGGAGCAAGAGGUACAUCGAAAAGCCCACAAGCAACUGCAGCCCAAGAUCCAUUGGGAGCAAUGAGUUUCUGAACCCAAUAACCCAUGAAGUGGUCUUCAGUGAUUCCAACUGCGAAAUCAAGAUAACUGGCGUCAAUGGUGCUUUCCCUUUUCAAGAAGCCAGUGUCAAUGGCGGUGGCUUUGUGGGGACCCUUAGGCCCGGUACGCCAGGCCCACAGAACAACCACCCUAGGGCUUCGUCAUCUAGCAUUUCGAGAAACAUGGCUAGGAGGAGUUCUUCGAGGAGAGAAGAAGGCUCUAGAAUCAAUGAUGUUCCUUCUUCAAACCCCAGGGCUAGUUUUGGUAAAGAUUUUGUUGGUUCUACUUCUUCUUCAAGUUUGAGUAGUUGUCACAAGUGUGGUGAAAAAUUCGCCAAGUGGGAAGCUGUUGAAGCUCAUCAUCUCUCCAAGCAUGCUGUCACUGAACUUGUUGAAGGAGACUCGUCCCGAAAGAUUGUAGAGCUAAUUUGCCGAACCGGCUGGUUGAAGUCCGACAACAAUCCCGGCAACAUUGAGAGAAUAUUAAAGGUCCACAAUAUGCAAAAAACAAUCGCCCGAUUCGAAGAAUACAGAGAAACUGUAAAAAUGAAAGCCAGCAAAUUGCCAAAGAAACACCCCCGGUGCCUAGCCGAUGGAAACGAGCUCCUGAGAUUCCACGGCACAGCUCUCGAAUGCCCUCUAGGCAUAAACGGCUCGUCUAGCCUGUGUUCAUUCGAUAAAUGCAACGUCUGUCGAAUUCUAAGACACGGGUUUUCGUCUAAGAAGGAAAUCAAAGGUGAGAUUGGUGUUUUCACCACUUCAACUAGUGGAAGAGCUUUGGAAGGGAUUGAACUAGCCAAUGGUGAUGUCGAUGAUGAUAAGUCCUUGGUGAGGAAGGCCUUGAUAGUAUGCAGAGUGAUUGCUGGGAGAGUCCACAGGCCUCUGGAGAAUAUCCAAGAACUCGCCGGUCAAUCCGGAUUCGACUCGUUGGCCGGCAAAAUGGGUGUCUACUCAAAUAUUGAGGAACUGUUUUUGCUUAAUCCUAAAGCUCUCUUGCCAUGCUUUGUGGUAAUUUUCAAACCCUGAAAAUGAAAGCAAUGCAAUCAGGUCUUUAAUUUUAGGUAGGUCCAGUGAAAUUUUUUCGUUUUGCAUUCCACUUGAACAAAAAAAAACAAAAAAAACCAUGGUCCUGUCUUGCUUCAUUUGAUUUUGGCAUGGUGCAGUAACCUACAAUAUUUUGAGUCUAUCAUGAAGCAUAUUUGACCCUUUGAAGACAAA